AUGCAUUCUGUAAUUGGAUCUGGUGCAUUUGCUUCAGUUUAUUAUGCAUACUGGAAAGGAACACAAGUGAAAUUUGCAAUUAAAAAAUUCGCUGACGAUUGUAAGGAAGAAAUUAUUCCAAAUGAGAUUCGUUUAAUGAAAAAAGUGGAUUACCAUCCAAAUAUAAUUAGAUUUAUUGGAGUCGUGAAAUUUGAAGAUGAAAUAAAUUAUUCGCUCAUUCUUGAAUAUGCAAAUGGUGUGAUAAAAUUAGCAGACUUUGGGUAUUCGGUCCUGCGAGGAUCAGAUUUCUAUACCAAAGCGUCACGUGGUGUAAUCCCUUACAUGGAUCCUAAAUUUUUGGAAAAUCAUUCGUAUGAUUUAACCGAAAAAUCAGACAUUUACAGCUUGGGAGUAUUGUUCUGGGAAUUAACAAGUUGUUCAUCACCUUUCAAUUUUGCAACAACAGACGGUAUUUCUAUACAGUUGAAAAUUCUUGAACUUAUUAGAGAAAAACCUAUUACAACCACAAAUGGUAGAUUUGUUAAGCUUUACCAAAAAUGUUGGCAACAUGAACCAAAUGAAAGACCCGAGAUCAAUCAAGUAAUUUCCGAACUUAAUAGAAAUGAUGAAUGUUUAAAAACAGAAGAAUUGAAUAAUGAAGAAAUUGAAAAAACAGUUGUAGAUUGUGAUAUAUCUAGAUAUGACAAAAAUUAA